GAGCGCCGUUACAAAGGCUGAAAGGCUGUCACUGCAUGCCGUGCGCGGGAAAAGUUGUGGCCAUUCGAGGUCGUGAUUUGUGAGUGUGUCGGUGCUGCUGCGCCCCUGUACAUCCUCAAGAUGGACGAGUACCCGGAUCUGGAGGACGAGUUCGAGGCUCAACAUGCUGCGGAACUGGAGAUGAUGCGGGAAAUGGAGGAGUUCAAUGCCGAGGAAGCAGCCCUUCAAGCAUCAGCUAUCCCUCCGAGUCACAAACGCAGCCUAACAUUCACCAGUCCAGUGUCAGUGCCCAGUUCAGGGGAACCCCCCAGCACCCUAAGUAAUGUGAGCCAAGAGAGCAGGGAUGUGGCUGCCAGCAGGAAAAGAGGGGUGGAGGAGGACAUGCUGCUGGAUGAUUUGAACAGCUUCUUUGAUGACCGAGGCAGCAACAGGAACAAAAGACAAAAGUCUCUGCUUCCUGAGGUGGACAUAGGCCUGAGGGACCCAACUCUUGACCUGGCCAAGCAUGAGGCUGACCUGGCUCUCAUGGAUCGUAUCAUGGAGAUCCGGCAAACCAAAGAGACAGCCGACCACCCAAAUCAGACAAGCACUGUGGCCCCUGCCAGGAAGAAGCAUGUCACCAUCCACCGGCGAGUACCAGAUGAAGCAUUCCAAGCCAUCACUACCGAAGCUGGUGAUCGCUUCUACCUUAACUGCUUAGAGGAGGAUGAGUGGGACCGCUCCAUUGCCUCUGUGACUUCAUCCCAGCACAAAGCUUGCCUUCUGAACACCUCUUACUCAACACUUAAGGCUCAGGCACUACAGGAGCAAAUUCGGCUAGAUGCUCUACAUGCCAAGCGACUGGCAGAGGAAGAGGACUCUGGUAUGGAAUCUGGGGCUGAGGAGGACAGUGGGAAUAACGAGGAGCUGUGGGUGGAGAAGUUUAAGCCCAGACAGUACCUCCAUCUGUUAAGUGAUGAAUCCACCAAUCGCAACGUCCUACACUGGAUCAAGCUGUGGGACAAGGUUGUGUUUGGCCGGGACACCAAGCAAAUCAACAAUACUAAGAAAGACAACAAGAUCAAGGGUAAAUUGAAGAAAUUUCAGAAGAAGCCAGAAGUCAUUACUGAGUUGGAUGACCACAACAGACCAAUGCAAAAGGUACUGCUGUUGUGUGGACCCCCAGGGUUAGGCAAGACCACCCUGGCCCACAUCACUGCUACCCAUGCUGGUUACAAUGUAGUGGAGAUAAAUGCCAGCGAUGACAACUCUUUGGAAAUCUUCCGUACACGCCUAGAGAAUGCCACCUCCAUGCAGGCAGUCCUUGGCCCUGACCCCCGGCCCAAUUGUCUGGUGAUUGAUGAAAUCGAUGGUGCCCCAGCACCCUCCAUCAACCUGCUGGUGAACAUGCUGAGCGGGAAGGACAUCGGAAAGAAGAAAAAAAAGCUAAAGGGCCCCAUCCUGCUUCAGCGGCCAGUGAUCUGUAUUUGCAAUGAGCUGUACACUCCAGCCCUGCGGCCCCUCCGACAGAUGGCGCUAGUGGUAAAAUUUCCUCCAACACACACUCCAAAAUUAGCUCAGCGGCUCCAUGAGAUAAGCCUGUGUCAGCGGCUGAAGGCUGACCUCUCUGUGCUGGUGACACUGUGUGAGAAGACUGAGAAUGACAUCCGCUCAUGUUUGUCUGUUCUUCAAUUUGUCAGGAGCAACAAAAAGAAGCUUUCCAUGUCAGAUGUCUGUGGGAUCUCUGUUGGUCAAAAGGACUACAAGCGCUCCCUCCUCAAAAUUUGGCAAGAGAUCUUCACCAUCCCUAGACAAAAAAGGAUCAGACACAAUCCUCUGGAGGAGACACCUGACCGCCUGACUCCCAUGCCAGACCUUAAUGGCGACAUGAAGAAAUUUGAGGAACAGAACACCUUGGCAUUCAGGUUUCAGCACAUCUUAAAAGUUGCUCAGCAUGCACCUUAUGAGAGAGUGAUGCAGGGCUGGUUUGAAAAUUACCUCAGUCUCAAGCAGUUCACCCUUCUGGAUUCUAUAAAGAUUGGCCUGGAGUGGACACUAUUCACGGACCUGCAACUGAGGGAGAUAAUGCACAGCCAGUCCUGGACACUCAUGGCUUACCUGCCUUACGCCUGUGUCUCCCAUCACCUCCGCUUUGCUUCACUCAAUUGGUCCAACAUACAGUUCCCGACUGUCAUGCAGGAGAACAACCAGAAGCUGACCAAGAACCAUAACUUGCUGUCAGCAAUGAUCAACGAUAUGAGCCCCAUGACUCGAGCAUUUACCAGUAACAAGCAGCUGGUGAUGGACGUGCUGCCCUUACUUAUCCACAUUAUCCAGCCCACACUGCGACCCGUCAGCUCUCAGUUGUACAGCAAAGAGGAACAGCAGGAGUUAGCUAACCUCGUGGACACCAUGAUUGGAUACAACCUCACCUACACACAAGAGAAGAACCCCCAGGGCCACUACACCUUCGUCCUUGACCCGAAUGUGGAAGAAAUAGUGUAUUUUGAUGAGAACUCAUCAGCAAAGAAAUUUUCAUAUUACUCUCGACAACUGAUCUCACGAGAAAUUGAUCUUGAGAAGGUGCGAAGAGCAGAGGCAUACUUCACUGAAAAGAUGAAUGAUACCUCGACAAAGGCUGCCAGCACUGCUCCUCCUAGCUUGCAGCAGCCAAAUAAUUCAGCCAGUACCAAAGAGCAGACACCAGCAAAGUCUUCCACCAGCUCUACUCCUGCUAUCCCCAGUCAUAAACAAAAGCUACAUCCACAGAUGAAUGACAGUGCAGCUUUCAAGGGAGAAAAGGCAGUGGCACCCAAAGAUUUCUUUGGAAGGAUUGUGAAGCAGAAGGAAAACGAAAAUAUAAGGAUGAUAGAUGAGGCCACCCAAUCAGAUAUUUGGUUCCACUUCAAUGAAGGUUACUGUAAUGCUGUAAGGAAGACAGUCUUGAUGAAAGACUUAGUUAUUCAGUGAUCUUGAAAUAGAGAUAAUUACAGAUUUUAUAUUUCAUCUGUACACUAAUUGGUGUUGUGGUCCUCUUGCCAAUAAGGAUGUCACACAACCCCAUAUUCAUUCAUUCUAUAUCUUUUAGUUCCCUUCAGAAAUGACCACCAUUGCUGUGGCUGUGAUAAAUACCUUGGGAAACCUCAGGAAGGUAAACGCGGUAACCUGAAUGUCACAACUGCCCUGUGUCCCAGAGUAAUGGGUUCUUACCCGCCACAGGCUUCAGGGCCAAUGCAACAGAGAUAAGCACAGAGGCCAUGUGCCCCGCUAUAGCUUAUGGCCUAACUUUACCACUUGUAAGUGGUUUCCCUGGUAAUGCUACCUCUGCAAUAUAAUUAAAGCCUUUUCAUCACACAAACCCUCUAUAGUAUUCUCUUAUAUAGCUUCUCAUUACAAUUCACAAUAUUCUGUGUUGCACAUAUUUCAUUUUAUUUCCACUCCGAUUUGUUUUUAUCAUUUCACAAUUAUGUUCAUGUACCAUUUGUAAGGUACUUUAUUAAAUAAAUGUUACAAAUUUUCA